CCGGUCUGACUCUUUUGACGCCUCUGAGUUGCCAUCCACAUACGGCGCUUGUUGUAGAACAAAGUGUCCAGUAUUUGAGUUUUUACGGAUAUUAUCACCACUUUUAAUUUUUUUUUGGUUUUGUUUUGUUUUUUUUACAUCGGAGAGAUAUGUCGUCAGACUUAAAGAAGCGUAAAUCAAAGGUUCUCCGCAGUGAAGGAGGAACCCCAGAGAUGAAGCGCGGUCGCGGAGAAGGAGAGCAGCAGGAUGUGCAUGUGUACAGCGAGGAGGUGGAGCUGGACAGUCGAGACACUGAACAGGACUACCUGCAAUACAAAGAGUCAUGUGAAAGUUUGGCCACACUCAUGGGUGAGAUCCAGGAGCUGAAAGCCAGUGGAGCCAAGGAGGGGUGUGCAGAGGUUGAGCAGCGGCGCAUGCAGAGCUGCAUCCACUUCAUGAAUCUGAAAAAACUCAAUCGCCUUGCACACAUGCGUCUAAAAAGAGGCAGAGACCAGACACAUGAGGCCAAGCAGAGAGUGGAUGUGCUGCAUCUUCAGUUGCAGAACCUUCUCUAUGAAGUUAUGCAUCUUCAGAAAGAGAUCAGCAAGUGUCUGGAGUUCAAGUCUAAGCAUGAAGAGAUAGAUUUGGUGAGUCUGGAAGAAUUUUACCAGGAGGCUCCUCAGGAUAUUUCCAGGCCACACCUCACUAAAAAUGAUCCCCACCAACUCACACUGGCACGUCUGGACUGGGAGCUUGAACAGAGGAAGAGGUUGGCAGAGAAAUACAAGGAGUCACAGACCACAAAAGAGAAGAUCCAAAAGAGCAUUGAGGUGAAAAAGGAGCAUUUAAGAAGCUUGCAGCCAGGACUCAAUGCCAUCAUGCAGGCAUCUCUUCCAGUGCAGGAAUACCUGUCCAUGCCUUUUGAACAGACUCAGAAACAGACUGAGAUUGCCCGUCACCUGCCACCUCCUCUCUAUGUCCUGUUUGUUCAAGCCAAUGCAUAUGGCCAAGCAUGUGACAAAAACCUGUGUGUGUCGAUCAGUGGUGAUGUGGAUGAAGCCAAGGCCCUUUCCAAGCCUCCAGAAGAUUCCCAGGAUGAUGAAAGUGAUUCAGAUGCAGAGGAGGAGCAAGAGAAAACGAAGAGGAGAAGGCCAACUACUGGAGGUCAGCUGGAUGAGAAAAGACGUGAGAUGCUGAAAAGGCAUCCUCUAUCUCUUUGCUUGGACCUCAAGUGUAAAGAUGGCAGCAUCCUUCAUCUCUACUUCUAUUACCUGAUGAAUCUGAAUAUAAUGACCGUCAAGACCAAAGUCUCCACCUCCACAGACCUCAGCACAGCCAUCAGUGCAGGGGAGCUGCUGAAAUCCGACACUCUUCUUAGCUGUCUUUACAUUGGUGACCAAGGUCGAGAGACACCCAAUCCAGCAAACCGCUACCAGUUUGAUAAAGUUGGGAUUGUUACUUUUUCGGACUAUGUGGACGAACUGGGCCAUCCCUACAUGUGGGUGCAGAGUCUAGGAGGACUAAACUUUCCCAGUGACACUUCAGAGAGCGUGUGUGUGGGUAGCUCUCUGAGUGCCAGCCACAUGGAGAGUACCAUGAAGCUGCUACGGGGUCGUGUCCAGUCCCGUUUGGCUCUGCACAAACAGUUUGCCUCUUUAGAGCACAGCAUGAUCCCAGUUUCCAGUGAGUGUCUGCACCUCUUUCCUGCCAAAAUCAUCUCCCGUUUAGCUCGUUGGACCGCAAUUGCAUACCAAGAUUACAUGGAGCUGCCUUUCACACGCCAUGUGUCUGAUGCUGGUCUGGCAAAGGAGACUGAUCUGUACUUUAUGAGUGUGGUGGAGAGAGGCACAGCUCGUCUCCAGGCUGCUGUGGUGCUGAGUCCUCGUUACCCAGAAAUCUCCCCUCUUUUCUCUCUCUCUCUGAGCUGGAAGGGAGAGCGAAGUGGACGCACUGAUGACAACCUCAGAGCCAUGGAGAGUGAGGUGAACGUUUUCAAAAAUGAACUCCAGGGACCUCGUCCAGGUCACCAGCUCCUGACCAAUCAAAUUGCACGCCUCUGUGUUUGUCUGGAUGUGUAUUUGGAGACUGAAGGACAAGAUGACAGUGUGGAGGGGCCCAGAGAGUUUCCUCGUGAAAAGAUGUGCUUGCGCACUGUCAGGGGUCCAAAUCGACUGAAACCAUUCAAGUACAACCAUCCUCAGGGGUUCUUCAGUCAUCGCUGAACCUGUUCAUAAACGUCACCAUUGUACCAAGACUGUUUAAACUUUGUGAUUUUAGCUGCACAAAGUACUCCUGUUUUAAACUCUUUAUACCUCUUAGAAAAUAAAUAAAAACUGUUAUUUUCUUCAAUAA